CAUGUUCUCGUAUCCAUCUUUAAUCUCAUCAAAAUGACUCCGUGACUUUCUCUCUCUCUCACCUUCUGAAUUAUUUGAAAGGCAAGAGCAGCAUUUCUGUGGCUCUGGUCCUAUCUAAAAAUGCAGGGAGAGUAAGUCCAAUCUCUUUCAUCUUACUCAGUUUAGCUUUUGGCAUAUACUCAACUUCUCAUCAGUCCGUUUGGUGCUCUGUGUUGACAUAUUAUGAUCUCUCCUGCAUUUAGCACACAUUGUUAAGUUCUCUUCCUGUGCUGUGUUCUAAUUGUGGCAUGGAAGCCAAUCCUUUUGGAGUUGGAGGGGGCCGAAUCUUACAGGGAAACUUUGUCAGAGAUUGAGCUUGAAUGCUCUGACAAUUUUUUUUUUUGGUUCUGUUUGAAGACUUAGAAUUGGUGAAGAGAACAAGUGAAUUGAAGAAACCAGUUCAGUUUUGAAAUGGAUAGUUCAUGUAUUUGUUAUUUUGCUUGAGAGAGAUGCAAAACGAAAUAUGCCUUGCUCUGCUGAUGAUUUGGCUUUGUGGAAGGAUUUUCCUAAAGGACUUGGGAUCCUCUUAUGUGAUCAAGAUAGAGAAUCUGCAGCUGAUACUAAAAUGAAACUUGAAGCCAUGGAUUACACGGUAUACUCAUAUUGCAAAGAAGAAGAUGCAAUGGAAGCUGUUUUAAGGAAGGCUGAGAACUACCAUAUUGCAAUUGUUGAGGUUGCUGCUAUCAAUGGUCAUGCCAGCUUUAAGUUUCUUGAAAUGGUUAAGGACAUUCCAACUAUAGUUAUUUCAGAAGUUCAUUGCUUGAACACUGUGAUGAAGUGCAUAGCGCUCGGUGCAGCAGAAUUUCUUCAGAAACCACUAUCAGAAGAAAAGCUUAGAAACAUAUGGCAACAUGUUGUCCACAAGGCAUUCAAUGCAGGGGGAAAUGCUAUCUCAACUUCAUUGAAACCCAUUAAAGAUGCAGUUGCAACAGUGUUGCAGAUUCAGUCCAAUUCCAAUGAACUUAAAAUUGAAAUUCCUUCACAACUUUUUGAUAUGGAGCAAGAGCAUGAAGUAAUAUAUGUGAAGGAGAAAGAGAAUGAUAAAUUUUCGGCGCCUUCAACCCCACAACAGAUUAAAGGAGAAAGAUUGAACGAGGCUGAAACUUUUCUAGAUCAACCUGAUUGCUCAGAGAAGGAUUGUGCAAUAGAAGAUAAAGAAUUAUCUGAAACUCCGAAAUGCAUCCUUUCUGAAACAAAAUUCGUCGACAAUGCUUGCAAUAACAUCACUGUUGUAGGAAAUAGUGAUGAAAUUGUUCCUUGCAAACAAGGGACAGCCACAGCUGAAGAAGAAUUGAAUUCAGCUGAAGGGUCAAAAGCUGAUGAGUGUAAUUCUGCUAAAGAAAUCUCUUUACAGUUCUUAUUCACAGAAAAUGUAGAAAAUGACGAUUCCGAUUCCGAGAAGCAAACAAAAAAGAAAUCAUUCGUUCAAAGUAAUUCUUGCUUGAAUAGAAUCAGAGGAAGUAGAAGAAAAAUGAAAGUAGAUUGGACACCAGAGUUGCACAGAAGAUUUGUUAAAGCCAUUGAGCAACUGGGUAUUGAUCAAGCCAUUCCUUCAAAGAUACUUGAGUUGAUGAAGGUAGAAGGACUAACAAGACAUAAUGUAGCCAGCCACUUGCAGAAAUUUAGGAUGCAUAAAAGGCAUAUUUUGCCAAAGGAAGAUGAUAGAAGAUGGCAAGUACACACAGAUCCCACACAAAGAGGUUACAUGCAGAAACCAAUCAUGGCCUUCCCUCCUUACCAUUCUAACUAUAUAAUUCCACCAAGCCAACCUUACCCAAUAUGGCCCCAUCAAGCUUAUCACGUCCCAAAUGUUCAGAUGUGGAGGCAUUCUGGUUUACCAACAUGGCAUCCACCUCCUGAGAACUGGCAGACCAAGAUUUACCCAGAGAUUCAUGCAGAUGCUUGGGGCUGUCCUGUCCUACCACACUAUAGUUAUGGCUAUGGCCAGUUCUACAUGCCUCCACAGGGUCCAGCCAUAAGUAACAGUGGGCAAGAUGCCAGCGGUGAUAGAAUCCUGAAAAGCUCCUAUGAUCAUUGCCCGGCUGAGGAGGUUAUUGAUAAGGUGGUGAAAGAAGCAAUGAAGAAGCCAUGGCUUCCCCUUCCUCUUGGCCUUAAGCCUCCUUCCACUGAAAAAAUCCUAGCAGAGCUCCAUAACAAGGGAAUUCACACUAUUCCUCCUCUACCUCGACGGCGGAGCUAAUAAUGGCGGCGGCGGUGAUGAUGAUAGGGGCAGCAUUAAGCUCCUUCAAUGGAGCCUUUGAUGUAAAUGAAAUGGCCAACAAUGAGCUUAGAUGAAGUGGUCCUCUGUUGUUCUCUUGAUUUUUCUCAUCAAACAAGUAGAGCCAUUUGUCAUUUGUGUUCAUAAUUAGGAAACAUAAAAAAAAAAAUUUACAUCGAGUGAUUUCAUACAUAAAAA